AGUGUUGUAUAACCAAAUUAUAUCGCCUACUUUCAAAGCCAGGAAAAAUUAAUCUGCAAGUACGUUGAACUUUCCAUUAUGCAGUUCUCAAGUAUCACUUUCCAAACUGACAGAUUCGCAUUGUGGAAUAGUUUCAGCGUCGAUGCAUGACCAAGGCCAGAAGUCUGUAGCCAAAUGUCCCUCACACUGAACUCUCGGCCAACGACCAAGCUAAUCGCAGUGGAAAAUCCGAAAACCAAUACGAUUCUAAUUAUCAGAAUCGGAGUUAUUACGGUUGACCUCAUCCGAAGGGCGUAAAUGAGCAUUGACCACGGUCCAGGUCGGCAAUGAACCUCAAAGAAGUGGAAAGCACCACUGGCAUCGCACAUGACUGGGCGGACCAUCAACCAAUUUUAAGGUUAAUGACUGUGUUUACGCAGAAUAAAUGUGAACCCCUGGCGAAAAAAGCGGCUGACUAAUUUAAAUUGAUAGCAAAACGGCAAUCAGAAAUCAGAUGAGAUGUGGGGUGAGUAAUCGCGGCGAUAGGCCAAUAAGGGCCAAAUAGUUUUGUUUUGUUUUGUUCUCUUGUUGUUAACUCGCACUAAAUACAUACGUUUGCGGAGCGUUUAUAUUGGGAUUUCAAAAUAUUGCGUAUACGCCGGCUGGGUCAUGCACGAACGAGCAAACCGAGCAGCCGCUGAUGGGCGCCCGAUUAAGCUCCAUUAAAAAAGCGUUUUAUGCUUUAAAAUUGCAAACAUUCGGCGGCAAACUCUAUAAAACCAGUUAAUGCCGGGGCUUUUGCAUUCAGUCAACGUUCGAGGAUUACACACGACAAACAUGGCCAGCAAAAUCAUGUCAGUGAAGCAGUCGAGCCGGUCUCCAUGUUGUUGGUUCGGUUUGCUCCUGGUCGCGAUGUUCCUGCAGCCCUCUGCGAGCCAGUACUACGGAUAUCCCUACUACGGCGGCGCUAAUGCGGGAGCAGGAGCAGGAGCGGGAUCGGGAUACGGAAACAUAUACGGCAGCGGCAUGUACGGAUACCCCUACAGCUACGGCGGAUAUCCGUACUACUCGUACCCCGGCUACAACCCGUACUCGAUGUACGGCGGAUACGGACAGUACGGGUACCCCUUUGGGGGAUAUCCCUACGGCGGCAACGGCAUGAUGUUCUGGACCUGUUUCUUCCUCUAGACGUGGCCUACGCCAGCAGCAGUGGAGGAUUCGCAACAGCCAGUGCGGGCGGAAGCGGAUACUACGGCUAGGAAGCCCGCAACCUGAUAUAGUUUAGUGUACACGGUUAAGUCAUCCUACUCCAUAAGUGUGUUAGUGCUAAUAAAUAUAUUAUUUAUGUACUAUGUCUAA